CAAUGUGUGAUAUUCCGCUGGUUGGUGCACACGCAAGUGUUCAGAUUGAUUGUCUAUCCGUCUUUCACGACGAUUUUCUUGGAGCAGAUCUUCCACACAACCUCGGUAGCCUGGUUUACCAUCCUGGCUCUGGUGUGUGUGGUGGUGUGUGCGGGGUUGCACUCAGAUGGGCGUGUCAGGGGCGGGGCCUCCAUGGUGUAUCUGAGGCGUUUCAUUGGCUGCGCCGUGAGGGAGUUCAUCUUCCUGGCCAAGAAGCCGGGAUGUAGUGGCCUGCACAUCACCACUGAUGCCUGCUGGAGGCGCUGUGAGACCUGGGAGAUUGUUGGAGAUUACUACUUACUACCUCGGGCACACGAGCCCAGUACGAGGUCAGUGGUGGACGUGGAUGGAUGGCUCGUGAGACAGCAGCCUUACAGUGGGCAGAGGGAGACGUUCCGCACGUCAGUGAGCAGGCCACGGGGCAUCCUCAUCAAGCAGUAAGAGCAUCAUUUCCAUGUUCCGCGUCUUCACCUCGUGUCUGUGAGCCGCUCUGUACCUGCCUGUGGACCAUGCCCAUUCCUGUCACCGCAGGGGAUGAUGCAGUCCCAUCAGACAGCGCUUCACAAAGUGGCAAUGGUGGGGAGCCGUGAUGGUGUCGCAGCUCUUAUCAAAGGUGGCUGCGCUCUGGACCUGCAGGACAAAGACGGAAACACUGCGUUGCAUGAGGUGUCCUGGCACGGCUUCAGUCAGUGUGUCAAACUCCUGGUGAAGGCCGGCGCUGACGUCCACGUUAGGAAUAAGGCAGGAAACACAGCAUUGCAUCUGGCCAGUCAGAAUGGCCACUGCCAGAGUGCGCGUCUCCUACUGCUCGGAGGAUCCCAGCCCGACAGCAAGAACCAUGUAGGAGACACGUGUUUGCACAUCGCCUCUCGCUACAAUCAGUUUGCCAUGAUCAAAAUUCUGCUGGGCGCUCUUUGCUCUGUGGCAGAGAAGAAUGAGGUUGGAGAUACUGCCCUGCACGUUGCUGCUGCACUGAACCACAAGAAGACAGUUAAUCUACUGCUAGAGUCUGGAGCUGACAGCGGCAUUAAAAACAAUGCGGGCCAGACUGCUGUUGAUAAAGCCCGGGACCAGAACCACAGAGAGGUGGCCGUGCUCCUGUCCAAAGCAGACCAGGUAAGCAUCACGACUGCAGAAAAUGUUUGUGUGUGUGUGUGUGGGUUCUUGCAGGAGAACACGUCCGUAGCUGAGGCUGAGGACUCACACAGCAGUGACCAGGCUCUCAACAAACGCAUCGAGAUGGUCAGCAAAGCUAUGUCCAGCCCUCGAAACAGGAGGAAGUUACGCAGGCUCAAAGACAGGGCUGACCCCCACGCGAGGAGGGAGGGCCACGGCAGAAGAGCGCGCAGCGCCAGCCCCCUGGACGAGGACGACAUCACCUUCCCCGACGGCAAAGCCUACCAACUGUACACGCUGUACCGGGACAAGGACGGCAAAAUCAAACAGGCCCCGGCCACAGACUGCCACUGCAAGCCUCUCAUCAAGAAGCUGGAGAACCAGCUGAAGGCCACCAAAAUGGAGAUCCGGUCCCAGAUGUACAGCAUCCACGAGGAGAUGAACAGCAAGCUGGGCCGCAUGGACCGACAGAGCAAACACCAGAUCAAAGUGCUCCAGAAGAUAGCACAAGAACGUGUGUCUGUGGAGGGGAUGGAAUGUCUGUACCGCAUCAACCAACGGUCCACCAUAGAGAGACUGAACGAAGAGCGCAGACAGGCCAGGAAGGCCAGUGAGCUGAAGAACUGGUGCAUGUCCAAGAUCCAGGACAUGGAUGUGUGCCUGCCCGGCGAUCCGCAGUACUUCAAGCUCCUCCCCUCUCCCUCCGUGGACCAAUCGCUGCUGGAGACGGACCCCGAGUGCUUGCCGCUUCUCUCGGUGGUGUCGGAGGAGAGCACCAGCUCCUUGGCUACCUACGUCAACGUGCUGCCCAACCCAGGGUUGGGACCCUACGCCGCCGGCCAAGGACCUGACUUCGACGAAGUGUUUGGCAGGAAGUACUUCGAGGUGAAAGUGGACAGCUCCUCAGAGGACCAGCAGCACCCGGCCUAUUUUCACCACGCUGUCCCCUCCUCUGCACCUGCCUGGUGGCUGCCGGCGGACCUGCAGGACACCGACUCCUCCGAGCCCCGAGCUGACCGGCGCAGUGGGGGGGACUACCUGAGCACCCCCAGCGACAGCCUGUCACCCUGCAGCUGCCAGCCAGGAGGCGAGAGUGACCCGGACGACGGUCUCCCGCCGGGUUGGCAGCGCCAGCCCCGCCGCGUUCUGCCGUGCGGGCGGCACGCCAGCGGCGCCCGGACACCCGCAAGGCUGCCGGAGGGCGCGCUGCGCGGCGGCAGAGGAGGCGGAGGCGUGCGCUCGUUGGAGCUGUACGGCGGCGGCGAGCGUCCCGCGGAGAUGGCGUUCGUCCAGCAGCGAGACAGCCUGCACGCGGUGGAGGUGACGCAGCGCUUCUUCGAGACGGUGUCCACGCAGCUGGAGCGCUGGUACGAGAGGAAGAUCCAGGAGGCCCAGCGGCUGGCCGAGCAGCGGGCUACAGUGGACCGCAACGCCCUCAUGGAGCGCAUCAACAGCCUGGAGGAGGAGCUGCAGGGCCUCAGGGCACACACACACACAUAGUGAGAGAGAGACACACACACACACACACACACACACACACACACACACA